GACAGCAUGGGGAAAGGUUUCUAUAUUGGUAAAGCUGUUGGGAUAGUGGGUAUCAUCCUGUGUGCAGGGGCCCUGGCUACGAUCAUUGCUCUAUCAGUUGUUUACUCACAGGAAAAGACAAAAUCUAAUAAUCAGGUCUCGCCAACGGCUGGAGGAACAACAGCCAACCCCCCUGUCACACCCUCUCCGUCAAAUGAGCCUUGGGACAAGUAUCGGCUACCCAAGACCUUGGUGCCGGACCACUACAAUGUCACCUUGUGGCCACGUCUGACUUUAAAUACGACAACUGGACUCUACAUCUUUACUGGUGAGUCCAGUGUGGAGUUUAAGUGCGCCGAGGAGACUGACCUGAUUCUCAUCCACUCCAAUAAGCUGAACUACACCAAAUUGGAAAAUGACCACUUGGCGAGGCUCACAUCAGUCAAUAGUGGGGACAAAGCCCCCUCAAUCAAGUAUUCCUGGCUCCAGGGUGUGACUCAGUACCUGGUACUACAGCUUAAUGGUAAACUGGUUAAGGACCACAGGUACCACCUCGACACAGAAUUUACCGGAGAGCUGGCUGAUGACCUGGGAGGCUUCUAUAGAAGCGAAUACCAGGAGGAUGGCAUAACUAAGGUUGUCGCUACUACUCAGAUGCAGCCAACAGAUGCUAGGAAGGCAUUUCCCUGUUUUGACGAGCCAGCUAUGAAAGCUAUUUUCUACAUCACGCUAAUCCACAACCAUGGAACUGUAGCCCUGUCCAACGGCGAGGUGAAAGAAUCAAGCAAUGUCACCAUUGAAGGUCACAAUGUGCAGAAGACAACUUUUGAGCCAACUGAGAAAAUGUCCACCUACCUCUUGGCAUUCAUUGUCAGUGACUUUGCCUUCAUCAAUAAUACCAUCGAUGGAGUUUUGAUUCGUAUCUUCGCCAAGAAGUCUGCUAUUGCUGCUGGUCAAGGAGAGUAUGCCCUUAACAAAACUGGACCCAUCCUUAAGUUCUUUGAGAGGUAUUACAAUUCCAGAUACCCUCUGCCAAAGUCUGAUCAGAUAGCUCUACCAGACUUCAAUGCUGGAGCCAUGGAAAACUGGGGUCUGAUCACAUACAGAGAGACAGCACUGCUCUACGAUGAAAAGUUCUCCUCCAACUCCAACAAGCAAAGGAUUGCGACCAUCAUCGCUCAUGAACUGGCUCACAUGUGGUUUGGUAAUCUGGUGACCGUGAAGUGGUGGAAUGACUUGUGGCUGAAUGAAGGCUUUGCAUCCUAUGUUGAGUACCUGGGAGCACAUGAGGCCGAACCCGACUGGAACGUGAAAGACCUUAUCGUGCUCAGUGACGUCCAUAGGGUGUUUGCCGUCGAUGCUCUGGCCUCUUCUCACCCCCUGUCCUCUAGAGAAGAGGACAUCCAGAAACCAGCCCAGAUCAGUGAGCUGUUCGAUGCUAUCUCAUACAGCAAGGGAGCAUCUGUUCUGAGGAUGUUGUCGGACUUCCUAACUGAAGAAGCCUUCACAGAGGGACUACAGACCUACCUGAAAAGAUUUGCGUUUGGAAACGCAGUCUACACAGACCUAUGGGAUCAUCUGCAGAUGGCUGUUAUUGCUCAUGGCAUUAACCUUCCAGACACUGUCAAAAAUAUCAUGAACACAUGGGUGCUGCAGAUGGGCUUUCCUGUGGUUACCAUUAAUACCACGACUGGUGUUGUGUCCCAGGAGCACUUUCUCUUGGAUCCAGACUCUGAAGUCACUGCUGUAUCUCCCUUCAACUAUGAAUGGAUUGUGCCAAUCAAGUGGAUGAAAACUGGAUUUAUCCAGGAACCACAAUGGCUGAGAAGUAAAUCAGCCACAAUUAUUGAAAUGAAGGCACCACUGACUGACUGGGUUCUGGCCAACCUCGACGUGGUGGGUUACUACAGAGUCAACUAUGACCAAGGCAACUGGAACAGACUCGUAGAUCAUCUGAAGAAUAAUCAUAAGCUUAUUCCAGUUAUUAACAGAGCUCAGUUGGUGGAUGAUGCCUUCAAUUUAGCCAGAGCAAAGAUCAUCCCUACAGAACUGGCCCUUGAUACCACCAAGUACCUGAACCAGGAGAGAGACUAUAUGCCCUGGGAGUCAGCCCUGAGUAACCUGGACUUCUUCUACCUCAUGUUUGACCGCAGCGAGGUUUAUGGUCCCAUGCAGAAUUAUCUGAGGAACCAGGUCACCCCUCUGUUCGACUACUAUAAGAACAUGACUGACGACUGGAGCAAAGUUCCUGAUGGACACAUGGAUCAGUAUAACCAGGUGAAUGCUAUCAGCAUGGCUUGCAGGACAGACCUUGAGGAAUGUCUACUUUUGUCUAAGACAUGGUUCAAUCAAUGGAGGACCACUAGUGAAAACAAGAUCCACCCCAACCUGCGCUCCACUGUGUACUGUAAUGCUAUCGCAGCAGGUGGCGCUCAAGAGUGGGAGUUUGCUUGGACAGAGUUUCAAAAUACCACCAUUGCUAUUGAAGCUGACAAACUCCGCUUUUCCCUUGCCUGCACGAAGCAACCCUGGCUGCUCAACAGGUACCUGGAGUACACUCUGAUUCCAGGCAUGAUCCGAAAGCAGGAUGCCACCUCCACUAUCGUUUACAUUGCUAACAAUGUGGUUGGACAGUCUCUGGCGUGGGAUUUUGUCAGGGCUCGAUGGUCAUACAUUUUCACAGAGUAUGGUGGUGGAUCAUUCUCUUUCUCCAACCUGAUCAACGGAGUCACCCAACGCUUUUCCACAGAAUUUGAGCUUCAACAGCUGGAGAAGUUUAAGGCAGAAAACAGUGAGAUCGGUUUUGGCUCUGGGACGCUGGCAGUGGAUCAGUCCAUUGAGAGAACCAUCAGCAACAUAAAAUGGCUCACAGAGAACAAAGAGAAUGUUCUGAAUUGGUUUAACACGGCCUUGUAG